GCCGUGGCGGGGCGAUGCGCGGGGCCGGGGCGCUGCUGGCCCUGCCGGCCCUGCUGGCCCUGCUGCCCGCCCGCAGCCCCGCGGGCUCGGCCCGCCGCUCCGCCCGCACCAGGUCUGUGAGUCAAGUGUGUGUGGAAAAGUCACUCAUUUUCAGAAGUAACACCCCUUAUCCUACAGAGAUCAUUGCUGUCCCUGGUGGACACGAUCUGUUCUGUGUGCAGCUGAAUGACUCAAAGCUGAACUAUUUCCAACAGCCCCAGGAUAUCAAAGAAUCUGAUUUUAUGAAGUUCUUAGAGAAGUAUGGCAGACAUUCUUUCAUAGCACCGUCACAAGUCCAGCCAUCGUUCUCUGCUUUUUACCGUGCUGGAGAUCCAAUCCUAAUCUACUUUGAUUCAUCAUCUGUACUGAGCACGCUCAGACAGCCAGUAAAAAUGGGAGCCAGUGGACUUUGUGUUGAUGGAAAUCCUGCUGGCUUCCUGGACAGUAAAAGUACAAGCUGUACUCGGAUUUUUGCCGAUUUGAGCAAGAGCUGCGUGACUGACCCUGCCCUCGAUGCUGCCUCUUACUACCAGGAUUUCACUGUGCUAAAGGUCCCAGUUAGUGGCACCAUUGUGCAGUCCAUGAAGGUAAAUGUCACUGCAGUUGCACCACCUGGAGCUCCCCAGAUGAGAGACAACACAUGUAUCAACGUGGUUUCUGAGGUGAUCUAUGAGAUAGAAUACAGUGGCACGAGUGGGAUUCAGAGUGUUUCUGUCCAGUUCAAAGUGAGCAACAUCUCUGGGAACUCUGGAUCCUCUCUGCAGCAGCGCUUCACUUUGCACUUCUGGACCAAGACCCUCUCUCAUAUGUUGCCCAGAAGUGGAAACCCUGGCUAUAUCACUGGAGCACCACUGUUGAUUGCAAACAGUGGUGCCAUGCAGCAUAUGAGCAUUUUACAGAGUGAAAGUGAUGGGAGUUGCUCACAGUUCCUCAGACACACAGUGCAAUUCAGAAGGAACAUGAGAACAGGCUGCAACCUCAGCCUGUCCCCAUUACUGGAAGAGAGUAACUGCAGUUACAUCCAGCAGAAGUUAUACAAGGCUUUUCAGGGCAUGAACAAAACAGGGGACCUUGCUAUAAUUGGCAGUGCUCAUUCAACCCAGCCUGAAGAGUGGACAACCAUUCUGGUUCAGAGCUGCAGUGUGCAGGCUGUGAAUUGCUCUUCCUGUUGCAUGGUUCCUGUGACCCUGGAGAUUCAGAUACUGUGGACUAGAGUGGGCCUCCUGUCCAACCCACAAGCUCAAAUACUGGGUGCACGAUACUUUUACCAGUGUCAGCCCCUGAAGCUCCUGAGCACACAGACGGUACCUGUGACAACUGUGGUUACCUUCACUGACAUGACAGAGUGGCCAGAACCACCCCGGGGCCAGCCCCAAAGGCACUGGAAACUCCCAUUUGACAUCUUUUUCCCAUUCAAGGUGGCACUGAAUUUAGAAAGCAGUUACAGGGUUGAUCUGACUGGCUGUUUUUUGUUUAUUCUAAUAAUUUCUAGUAUUCUCUGCUUUUGAAAAUAGAUGGGGCCUGUACUUAAAAUCAGUAAGUGAAUUGGUACAUUCCGAAUAUGACCCGGAUCAUAGGCUUUUCUUCUCAGGUUCUUUUACUGUGCCUAUAAUACCUGUGUGCCUUCUGUUCUUGGAUUAAGCCAUGGGACCAGCUUCUGUCCUGGGUCCUCUCAUGGCCCUGUUCUCUGUAUGUGCCACCUGUGAACAUCAGUGCAGUGAAACCGAACUGAAAAUGACAGCCACUGGAGUUCUCAGUGGCACAUCAGAGGGAGUUGUGAAUGGUUCUAAAGUUAAAAAAUCGACAAUUUUAGGAAGAAUUUUUAGAUGUAUUAUUAGACUGAAGCUUACCUCUGGCUCAGUCUCUGGGACCAAGUUUAUUGCUUUCAAAGUUGAAGGGCAUGUCCUGACUUUCUGGUCUGCCCCAUUCCAUCACACGGGAAAGCUGAUCAAUUGUUCAAGGAAGUUGUUGGAUGAAAGUAUGUUUUUUAGCAAAGGAUUUAUUCUUUAUCUUAAAUUCUUCAGAUGAUGGAAAAAUCUGCCCCAUAUGAUGCCAAGUACUCCAGUGGAAUCAAUAGAGGGCAGGAUGAUCAGAGCUUACCAUUAAUAAAAUGUAUUGGUUGCUUUUGUA